GAACACCAAAGCCAGCAUUGAUAUCGCACAGGAGGAUUUGCAGAAGCAGCAGCAAUUACCAGUGUCUCACAUCACUGAAGCAAGAGGACAGAUACUACGUGGCCCUGCCUUUGUUUCAUUCUGCAGCUGGGUUUGCACUUGGUGCGAUCAUCCAAACAGGUGCAACAAUUGUUUUGAAGAAAAAAUUCUCAGCAAGUCAGUUUUGGCCAGACUGCAGGCGACAUAAAGUUACAGUGAUUCACUACAUCGGGGAGCUGUUCAGAUACCUGAUUGCUCAACCACCGAACAAGCUGGACGCAGAACACAAUAUCAGGGUGGCCAUUGGAGGCGGUCUUAGAAAGGAUAUAUGGCUUGAAGUCGCUAAGCGCUUCAAAAUUCCACUCAUUGCAGAUACAUAUGGAUCAACAGAAGGAGUGACUUGGACUUUCAAUUUAUCCAACAAGCCGGGCGCACUGGGACGAUUGUCUCCUUUACUGAAUAAAUUACAGCCUAACGCAAAAGCUCUUGUACAAUUCGAUUAUGCAUUGGCCAUACCGAUACGAGAUAAAGACGGACGUUGCAUUAAAGUUGGCGUGGGUGAACCAGGACUUUUCAUUGGGAAGGUCCCAGACAAUCUAGUCCAAAAUGGACAGUUUAAGAUGUACCUCAGUUCUCCAGAAGCCAAUGAAGCCAAACUUGUAAGGGAUGCAUUCGAGCCAGGAGACAUCUACAUGAACUUCGGCGAUGUCAUGGUGUUGGAUAAAGAUUACUUCUUGUAUUUUCAAGACAGAAUUGGUGAUACAUUCAGGUGGAAGGGAGAGAACGUAUCUACUACGGAAGUUUCUAACGUUAUCACGGCUCUAGAGUUUGUUCAGGAUGCAAAUGUUUAUGGAGUAGAAGUCCCGGGUAAAGAAGGACGAGCUGGAAUGGUGGCGCUGACCCUAAAUGAAGGUCACAAGCUGGGUCCAAAAGAACUGAAGGAGUUGUACGAACAUGUAUGCCAGGAGCUUCCAUCUUAUGCCAGGCCGAUUUUUGUACGCCAUCUUGAAAACGCCGUUGUUACCAGCACAUUAAAACAACAGAAAUUUGGACUCGUAAAAGAAGGAUUUGACCUCAGUAAAGUCAAAGAUCCCCUGUACUACUUGGACAUUGAAAAGAGAACAUACAGUCCGUUAUCUGCCAGUGACCUCUCCAAGUUCUUGUCCUCCAAAUUAUGA